AACGGGUUCUUUACAACUCUCAUGUCACUUUUGUCCAAGGUUGUUCGAUGCAUGCGGACCAUUGCUCCAUUGGAGCUGGCCGACACUACGUGGGAUAAUGUUGGUGUACUUGUUGAACCACCCUAUCCUUCACCACAAUGCAACAAGGUGUUCCUGACCAUUGACUUGACUCCACAAGUCCUCGAUGAAGCCUUGUCAGAUCCCAAGGUCGGAACCAUCGUGUCGUACCAUCCACCCAUCUUUCGCUCGAUGAAGCGUUUGGUCCAGGCAGACGUCAAGCAGGAUAUUGUCAUGAAAGCAAUUGCAAAGGGUGUGGGUAUUUACUCGCCACACACAGCUUGCGAUAACUGUGUUGAUGGAGUCAAUGAUUGGCUUGCCAGUGGUUUAGGCAAGGGCAUUGUGCAACCUAUCGUACCCGCGGUAAAUCCUCCCGAAGGCCAUGAACAGGCAGGCACUGGCCGCUUAUUCACUUACGAUGAUCCCACGCCGCUUACGACCGUAAUUGACAAGAUCAAAGAGCUAACGGGAUUGCCCUUCCUGAGAGUUGCCAAGGCGGAUAACGGAGACCGGUUGAUCAAAACAGUAGCCAUCUGUGCUGGUUCGGGUUCUUCUGUGUUAAAUCCAGUGGAAGCAGACCUGUUCUUCUCUGGUGAGAUGGGUCACCACGAUGUGCUGGCAGCAUUGGCAAACGGAACCAAUGUCGUUCUCUGCGAACAUUCGAACACGGAACGAGGCUACCUUUCGACAGUGCUUCGCCCCAAGCUGCAAGACAUGUUGGUCAGCGAACGUUCUGCUGAAGGUGAUGCCAUUGAGGUCGUUGUGAGCAAAGUCGACAAGGAUCCUCUUGAGAUCAUGUAGAUAUAAACAUUUUAUAGGA